ACUGUGCAGUUUCCUUACUACUAAAUUUCAAUCAAGCAAGAAGAUUUUUCCAAUGUUAGCCUGUAUAACAAAUAAACUAUUUUCAAGCUUUAAGAUAGAUUUCUAUGUAAUAACAGUACGACAUGGAUCCUUCGAAAUUACCCGAUAAGAAAGAAGACAAGAAAGAAAAAUUAAGAUAUUUGGCACCGCCACCCCCUAAAGAAACUGCUUCAAGACCAACAUUUGUAGACUCUAAAAAUGAUAUGAAAUACAGUUGUGCUGCUAUUUUGACAACAGUAUGUGCUUUUUUGACAGGAGCAUCACUAAUUGGUGCAGUGGCAUUCUCAGGAAGAAGUGAUUCUGUAGUUUUUUCAUACAUGUCAAAUUCCCGUAUCUUGUUUUCUGGUCUAACUGCUGCAUCAUUAGUAGCUACUUUUCAUUAUAGAGAGAAGGAUAUGGAAUUGGAACGGGCUAGGAAUGAUGUAGAAAAUUAAUUGCCUCGGAAAGAUAUAUAUGAAGCAUUCAAAGUUUGAAAAAUGAAAAAUAUUACGAGUUCCGUUUAUGGAACCAUUGUGAAGUUGUUGCUUUUAUUGUGAUACAUAUAGUGUGAAACAAGUCAUCCUAAAAAAUUGAAUUAAUAUGAAUUAAUUUGAAGAGACUUUAUACAAAAUGUUUAACAUAAUACUGUAAACAACUGGAUUAGAGAAGAGACCUUAUUACUGUGAAAAAAGACAAUAUGAAUAUUUUUAAGAGAAGAAACAUGUAUGUAAAAAUAUGAUGACUGAAGUUGUUCAUAUUACAAUAUUUUAUUAUUUUGCACUCUAACUCUGUGUAAUGUUGAUAUACUAUGCAUGCCUGUAAAAUUAAGCAGAGUAAGAAAAAAUAAUAAAGAAAAAUAUUAUUUUAUAA